AUUGAAGCUAGGCAGGUGACUGGCCUCGGUCGUUGAGAUUUGAGAGACAACGACAAGAUGGAGAUGUCCGUUAAACCCGUUCGGUGAUACGGCAUAAUCGUAGCGUCACUUACCAUGGAUCAAAACUUGGAUGUUGUCCUUCGCGACUUCGAUGGAAACGUUUUGUCGAGUUCGUUAUUUGAUCAGCCACUGAGCCCUCGUUGUCCUCAUGUGUCUUAGCCUUCUGGCAGUAUGGCAUCAUGGACUGGGAGUUGCUCUACAGCUGCCUGAGGAUGGUUCUCUCCUCAAACGAAGAUUGGGUGGUUUUUCGUUAUGAUGAGACCGUGCCCGAGCGACAUGGGGCUCCUUGUCCUCCAAGUGCAGAAGUCCCCGAGCUGGGGACAUACAUACUCCUUCACCCAGACGCUACCCCAAUCACUAUCGGUUGGAACACCCUCUCAGCCCGUGUCCGCCACCCAACCAUCUCCAAUACCCCUUCAGAGACAGAGCACUACCAAACGCGAGUCCGCGCCCGUGACCCUUGUUGCCUCAUCUCGGGUCUUCCAGUGAUCAGAGGCAAUUAUAGUCGAUUCAAAGCAGCGCACAUUUUUCCACGUGCACAUGACAUCCAGUGGACUCAUAGAGGCUACCCAAGUCGUAUCACAGAUCCUGCCCCUCUUGCAGAGGUUGGGGGACCAACAAAAAUUGACUCGAUUCAGAACGUGCUGUUACUGCGUAGCGAUUUGCAUGAUGCAUGGGACAACUACGAAUUUGGUGUUAAUCCUGAUCGUGGCCAUGUUGUCAUCCCCUUCGUUCCUGGCUAUGACGAUAUUGCAGGCAAGGCCCUCAAACUAGACCACAUUGGGAACCGGGAUAUGUACCCCUCGAUGACCUCUUGCAAUAUGAAAGGUGCUGGUGAGCCCACUUGGGACCAUGAGGACGCGCUUGGGGAUGGUAUAAUGAAUCUGUCGAGGUGGGACAUUUGGGGCGGUACUGCAGGUCGAGAGCACUUGGAGUACGAGCUAGCUCACAGGUUGCAUAGUGUUCUUGUUGGUCAGCGGAAUGCAAGUUUUCUUUAAUCUCGUUC